AUAAGAUUAGUCAUGAUAUCGAUAGUGUAACUUAAGUGAUCUAUGACAUUUUGACUGCGGUUCAAAAUGACUAACAAAUUCUAUUGGAUAACAAUCGCGCUUGGCACCGUUGUGGUCGCUGCUUUAAAUGUCUAUGACGACGAUAUCGAGGACAGUGAUAUAUCUGGAGACAGAAAAGGAAAAAUUUUAUUUCCGUUCAUUAGUAUAGUUCGGUUUGCAAACUCGGAAUGUUCGAGUACAAGUACAAUGAACGGGAUAUGUCUGGCGCGAAGAGAAUGCAACAACCUUAACGGAACCAUCACUGGAACCUGCGCAUCUCGAAGAGGCAGAUGCUGUGUAGUUUCAAGAAGUUGUGGAUCAAACACGAAUGUAAAUAACACUUAUUUCACAAGUCCUGGUUAUCCAGCAGCUUACGCAGGAGGCCAAGCUUGCAAUAUCAUUGUUAACCGAUGCAACAGCAACAUUUGUCAGCUUCGGUUAGAUUUUUUGGAUUUGGUACUUGCUCAACCCGAUGGCGACGGUGUAUGCAGUGUGGAUUCUUUAACAAUAACCGGAGGCAAUACAAUUGUACCAAUAUUGUGCGGAGACAACACUGGACAAACUAUAUUCGUGGACUUCAACGGCAACGCGGCCAUCACCAUUACGAUAUCUGCAACAUUGUCCACUACGUUUUCAAGACGAUGGAAUAUAAAACUGACACAAUUGGGGUGCGACUGCCCUGGGAUCGCACCAAAUGGAUGUCUGCAGUACUACACGGGAACGUCUGGAACUAUAAACAGCUUUAAUUAUGCAACCACAGCGAACCCCACUCUAAGUGCCUCCUUAGUAACGGGAACAAGACAACUGGCUAACUUGAACUACGGAAUUUGUAUUAGAAUGGAGGCCGGAUAUUGCAGUAUACAAUAUGCACAGGCUUCUGGAUUGUACUCGUUUACGGUGACCGGAGACGUAGAAGGCGCUGAUAGCACAGUGUUAGGCACAGACGUGGGUGCUGUUAACGAUGGUGAUUGUACCACAGACUUCGUUGUAAUACCGAAUCCAUUCACAACCGCAAACGUAGCAGUUGGCACAGACCGCUUCUGCGGCUUAGGAUUUGUCACCGUAACAUCUGCACUAAAGCCGUUUGUCCUCUACGUGGUGACAGACGGCAGUGAAGGCGCUACGGCUACAACUCCCCCAGAUGUCGCUAACCGAGGAUUUUCACUCACAUACACACAAAUAGCAUGCUAGUUGAAUUACCGUGUAAACUAUGUAAAUUACUUCAUUAAUGAUAACUUUGAUCUUGAAAAGCAUCUAGAGGUAUAACAAUCUAGAUUAUUGUAAGCUUAGGUCAUUUAUGCGCCUAGAUAGACUGUGACAGCUGUGAAACGUCGAAAAAUAAUUGAGGUUGACAGUUAACCUCUAUUUUGAGCACUGCGCGUACACUAACACAAAGUAGCAUACAAAUCACGAGUUUAAGACGUAGCUUGUCACGCACACUAAAGUAAUAAACCUGGCCUGUUUUCAUCGAUUGUCUAGCUGAAGGAGACUCUAUCUAGACGUAAAAAUUAUCUGAGAAAUUGAGUUUAGAACUGUCUACAAAAAACAUAAAAAAAAACCAGAACUUGAAAAAAGAAAUGCGUUUGCUUCAUUGAAUGUUAGAAACUAGAAUCGCAUAGAUUUCUAUUUUCGACUUGCAUAAGAAUAAUGUCUGAGUAACUAGUUCUCAUUAAACAUUUAUAUCAUAAAGGG